GCCGGCUGUCCCGUUUCCGUCGCGCUCCUGGGGCAGCGUCAGAUCCUAAGUGUGGCACAGGGAGAACUAGUCCCGUCUAGGCAGCCGGGGACCUAGGUGACCAUCUUGCGCGUCUGGAAGUCACAAAUAAGGAUUGCAGCUGCUCUGACUGGUGUGUGGACCAAACAUUAUUCAUCUGCCUCCAGACUGCCUAGUGACUCUGCUUGCACUCCCAUCCCUCUUACUGAAGUGGCUCUUGGGCUCAGAGAAGACAUUCACUUAGACUUCCAGAAGCUGGAGCAAGGAAAUGGACUUAGUGCUUAUUGAGGAUGUGGUCGUGGUCUUUACCCAGGAAGAGUGGGCUUUGCUGGAUCUUGCUCAGAGGAAGCUGUACAAAGAUGUGACGAUGGAAACCUUCAAAAACCUGGCCUCAGUAGUCUCUCAAAAUCUUAAUGAUGGAGAUAAGUUAUCCAGUGAACAUACAAUAGUGCGAUUAAUGAAGAAUGACACCUGGUCCUCCGUGUUAGGAGAAAUCUCCGAAUCAUAUGGCAGUAAAGAUCAGCAUAAUAACCAGUGGAAACAUUUGAGAAGGCAUAUCAUAGAGAACCUCCAUGAAAGUAACGACAGCAAUAAGUGUAGAAAAACCUUCAGCUGGACUCCAAAUCUUACUGUGGUAAAAACAAAGCUUCCAGAAGUAAAUCCUUUUAAAUGCUGUGAGUGUGGAAAAGCCUUCAAGGAUCACUCAUUACAUAAGCAUCAUACCAGAUCUCACACUGGAUGCAGUACUUACCAGUGUAAGAAAUGUGGAGAAGCCUGCACUUGUCCCUCUUACCUAAGCACUCCUAUGAGAACUCUUACUGGGGAAAGACCUUAUAAAUGGAAGAUAUGUGGGAAAGACUUCGUUUGUAUCUCAACCCUUGAGAGUCCUCUGACAACACUCACUGGAGAGAAACACUAUGAAUGUAAUGCAUGUGGGAAAGAUUUUUGUAGUUUUUUAUCUUGUCAGACACAUGUGAAAGGUCAUAAACGAGAAUGUAAAGAAUGUAAAACCUAUAGUUCUCCUACAUCCCUCAUUUUACAUAAAAAAAUUCAUAAUAGAGAUAAGCCUUAUGAAUGUAAGGAAUGUGGAAAAACCUUUAGUUGUGCCUCAUCCCUUACCACGCAUAGAAGAACUCACAGUGGAGGGAAGCCUUAUGAAUGUAAGGAAUGUGGGAAAGCCUUUAGUCAGGCCACAUCGCUCAAUCAACAUACAAGAAUUCACAGUGGAGAGAGCCCUUAUGAAUGUAAGGAAUGUGGAAAAACUUUUAGUUGUGCCUCCUACCUUGCUAAACAUAUAAGCAUUCACAAUAGACAGAGGCCUUAUGAAUGUAAAGAAUGUGAGAAAGCCUUUGGUUGUGCCUUAUCCCUCAGUACACAUACAAGAACUCACAGUGGAAACAGGCCUUAUGAAUGUAAGGAAUGUGGAAAAGCCUUUAGUCGCACCUCUUACCUCACUAAACAUACGAGAACUCACAAUGGACAAAGGCCUUAUGAAUGUAAGGAAUGUACAAAAACCUUUACUUGUUCCUCACUGCUAACUAAGCAUUUAAGAAUUCACAGUGGAGAGAUGCCUUAUGAAUGUAAAGAAUGUGGGAAGGCCUUUAGGCAAUCCUCAAACCUCACUAAACAUAUAAGAACUCACAGUGGAGAGAGACCUUAUGAAUGUAAGGAAUGUGGGAAAGCCUUUAGUUGUUCCUCACACCUCACUACACAUGUAAGAACUCACAGUGGCGAGAAGCCUUAUGAAUGUAAGGAAUGUGAGAAAGCCUUUAGUCAGUCAUCACACCUCACUAAACAUAUAAGAACUCACAGUGGACAGAGGCCCUAUGAAUGUAAGCAGUGUGGGAAAGCAUUUAGUCAGGCCUCAUCACUCACUCAACAUAUAAGAACUCACAGUGGAGUAAAGCCUUAUGAAUGCAAGGAAUGUGGAAAAGCAUUUAGUCAGGCCUCAUCUCUCACUACACAUAAUAGAACUCACAGUGGAGUGCGGCCUUAUGAAUGUAAGGAAUGUGGGAAAGCCUUUAGUCGGGUAUCAUCACUCAUUCAACAUAUAAGAACACACAGUGGAGUGAGGCCUUAUGAAUGUAAGGAAUGUGGGAAAGCCUUCAGUUGUUCUUCACAGCUUAGUGCACAUAUAAGAACUCACAGUGGAGAGAAGCCUUAUGAAUGUAAGGAAUGUGGGAAAACCUUUAGUUGUGUCUCAUCCCUCACUCAACAUAUAAGAAUUCACAGUGGAGAGAGGCCUUAUGAAUGUAAAGAAUGUGGGAAAGCCUUUAGUCACGCCUCACAUCUCACUAAACAUAUAAGAACUCACAGUGGAGAAAGGCCUUAUGAAUGUAAGCAAUGUGGGAAAGCCUUUGGUUGUGCUUCAUCCCUCACUCAACAUUUGAGAACCCACAGUGGAGAGAGGCCUUAUGAAUGUAAGGAAUGUGGGAAAGCCUUUAGUCACGUUUCAAACCUCACUACACAUAAAAGAACUCAUAGUGGAGAGAGACCUUAUGAAUGUAAGAAAUGUGGAAAAGCCUUUAGUCAGUCAUCACACUUCACUAAACAUUUAAGAACUCACAGUGGAGGACUUAUCAAUGUAAGGAAUGUGGGAAGCCUUAAGCUGUUUCUCACAUCUCACUUUAUAUAAGAACUCAGUGUAGAGAGGGCUUACAAAUGUAAAUAAUUUGAAAAGCCUUUAGUUGCACCUCAUCCUUCACCUCACAUAUAACAACUCACAAUGGACAAAUCUGUCAAAAGUGGGAUGUUUCGUUCUUACUGCGAUACUUUAAAUAGCAAAUUUUUUAAAUUCUGUGAUUACAGAACAAAGCAGUAGUAACUCAAAGAAGGGAUCAUUAGAGCUACUUUGUUCCUUUGGGAGAAAUGACGGUUUCAUUGUAACUGCAAGGGUAUCCUCAUCAGUGUUUGUUAAAGUUCUCGGUUCUAGCUAAAUUUUACUUUAAGGUUAUUAUAAAUUAUUAUAAAUGAGGCUGCAGGGAGUAUCCUUGACUAUUGUUUUAUAUUUUUUAAUGCUUUGAUUUUAAUCUGUAUGCAGUAAAAUAAAUGAUUUUGUAUUUGAUUUUAGAGUUGUUUGAUUUGUUUUUAUAUUUAACAUGUUUCCUUCCAUUCUUUCCUGCUGUAAAGUUAACUUUUUCACCCCUUAUAAUUAAUAAGUUUCUCAUAGGCUGAUACUUUGAGACUGCAAAUAUUGUUUUUUAUACUUUGGCCUACUGAUUUUAGUAUUCAUUGAUAAUUAACUACAAUGAAUAUUACUGCGGUGUUUACCUAAUGGUAUUUUCUGUUCCAAUAAUUUUUUCUGUGUUUAUUAUUUGGAAUCCUGAAAGGAAUAUCUUUCCCUUUUCUGUUUAUUGAUUAAACUGUUUAUAUCAGUAUAGAUUAAUCAGUAUUACUAUAUAUGUUGUUUCUUUUAUUGCUGAAAUUUUCCAAUAUUUAUUAGGAGCUCCCUUAAAAGUAGGUUCCUGUAACUUUUUGACAUGUCCCCAUCAUAAUCCAUACAUUACUUUCUGUUAGUCUUCAAGGCUCAUCUUAUCCUUUUCCUACCUCAGCCCUGAAAUCAAUCUUUUCUCCAAGAAAACCUUGUUCCUUUUAUUAGAGAAUGAUAUUUAGAAACAAAUAUCUGGGCAUUUGGUGUUCUUAUAUUUACUGG